AGUGGAGGUCAGGGGAGUAGCUGUGGGACUCCAACUUUUUCAGAACAAUCAAUUUCCCUUAAGAGAGUGUGGGAGCAGGGCUGGAGUGGAUGGCACAGGACCUGGAUACUUGCAUUGUGUAACGCUGAUUUUGCAUUUGGGAUAAGCCUGUGUAGAGCUUGAGAGCUGGAAUACCAUCAACUUGGGUUUUUGACAUUUCCCUAACUUGAGAGGAGAGCAUCUGUGAGAAGUAGCAGACACACAGGCCAGUCCUGAUGGCAGGCGCUUGGGGGUCAGCCUGCACUGGACUCUGGCUCUAGCAGCCCACUGGGCCCUCACUUCAACUCUUAACAUUUCACAGCAGGACGAGUGCCCAUGAGGUCGUUGACGCUGGUCCUCCUCAUCCUGAUCAGCGUCCAGGCUGCACUCAUCAUGGGAGGCCACACCCAGGCGCAGGGGCCAGCCAAUCAGCAUGCAGCAGCGCAUCACUCACCCAGGCCUCGCGGCCAAUUCAAGCAGGACUCACACCACGAUGACCUAAUCCCCAAUGUGGACCCCAAACUCUUCAACAAGCGCCGUUACCGUUCACCUCGUGUGCUAUUCAGCGACGUGGUACCUACAGAAAAUGAUACAGGGAGCCCCAGACGCCCACGUGUCCGGCGGAAGGCCAACGAUCACUUGAAUCGUGGUGAGUACUCAGUGUGUGACAGCGAAGAGCACUGGGUUGGCAACCUGACCCAAGCCACAGACUUAGCGGGCAAUGAAGUCACGGUGCUGCCGCAUUUUCGCAUCAACAACAUUGUAAAGAAGCAGCUGUUCUACGAGACCACGUGCCGCGUGUCGAAGCCAGUCAGUGCCCCCAAGACAGGUCAAGGAGCCAGUGGCAUUAAAGCUGGAACCUCUCGCUGUCGUGGGAUCGACAACAAGCACUGGAACUCUUAUUGCACCAACACGCACACCUAUGUGCGGGCGCUAACGACCUAUAAAAACCAGAUCGCCUGGAGGUUCAUCCGAAUCAACUCUGCCUGCGUGUGCGUCCUUAGCCGCAACUCAUGGAGGCAUUGACUGACUUAUUGACUGGUGUCUCAGCCAAUCCACUGCAGCCUCCUGUCGUAAGCCCCUCCCACCCAUCAAUAAUAAUAACCGUACUGCCAAAGUCGGUAAUCUGAGACUCCGCCCCUUUUCUGAUCUCUUUAUGACAUUGCAACCCAGUCCCCUCCUACCCUACCUCACUCUGUAAAUUAUUGGUCGUUUAAGUUAUGAGGACUGCAUGACAUAUUUAUAUAGUUUAUACAUUCAGAAUAUAAAUUUAUAUAUAUAUAUAUAUAAAUAUAUAUGUGUGUGUGUGUGUGUGUGUGUGUGUGUGAGUGUAUAUACAGUAUACAUAAAGCAAGCUUUUGUUGUGUUGUUGAUCCUCUUAUUUAUUAAACCCCUCACUUCAGUAUG